AUGCCACAGACGUGGCAGCUGUCGUCGGCAACGGCCAUGGAAUAUGACACCCGGUCUGUAGAUCCAGACAUACUGAAAAUGGUCAACGAACUCAACAAUGAUCCGAUAGACAGCCAACCUCAGCAGCUUGGCAGUCAACAUCAGGAGCUAGAAAUUUUUGGCGGCCCAGUUUCUUUUGAUUCAAUCAUGACACCUCCCAUCAUUGAAAACCAACUGCAAAGCUCUCUAUCUCCAACAAGUCCGAAAUCUCAACCCUCGACAUGGCUUUCCAGCGCCAAUGAUUCUUGGUCAUGCAUCUCGACUGAACGUGACCGUUCUCGAAGUGUACACAGCAGCGGUGAAAGCCAGCCACUUGCCGCGCCAGUGCGUCCGCCGUCUCCCUCCCUCAAAGCGCUAUAUCCCGAUGGCUUUGUCUUUUGGGAUCCAGCGGACCCUGCGAAGUCUGACAAAAUCCAUGAAAAAGUCCCCCGUAACGCGGCGGAACUUCAGCAACAGCGAGAAGAUACCGCUGCACUUAAGAAAGCUGGCGGCUCCUGUAUGGCGUGCUAUCGGGCCAAGAAGAAGUGUGGAACAACUACACCAUGUCCUCCAUGCUCUUCUAAGGGUAAUCGAAUCUGCUUUCGAAGUUGGGGAGAUUUGUGCCUGCUUGGGCCGCCUACGGGGGGCUCUUUUACGAUCCAUAGCUUCCCGUCCCAAGAGGCGAAAGAUACUUUGCAACAUAUGAGUAAGGAGGCUUUUGACCGCACAAAUCCAUUCAAUGCGAUUGUCAAUAUCCGCAAAACAUAUGGCGGGAACUGCACUGCAUGGCAUUGGACAGUCACGAGUUCCAAUGUCACACUAUCGAGUAAAACGGAUUGCCCCGUCAAUGAUUUUCUUGGUGGGAUUACCAGUGUCCUCCCUCUCGUGGAUCUGGUCAAAUUUGCAGAUUUAUUUGGACACAGCUCACUUGUCAGUACUGCAUUCGAAAUAGCAAAACUGUUUAUGGCUAUUCAAGGAUUGGCGCAAGCUCGAAUCCGUACGUGCUGGUUUGAAACUAGCGCUGGGCGCCUUGUCUCAUUUUAUAUCUUGACUCUCUCUUGUUGGAAGCUCGCACAAAUGUCUCAGGAAUUUUGCCAUGGUUUGUACGUGGCUCUGUGUGGGAAGGACAAGCAGAACAGCAACAAGAAAAGCCGGUCACAGAAAGAAACCAAGAUCGAUCCCGCUUGGGUCGCCGCAGCAUUAUAUUACCGAGUUGUAUGCGGCUUGCAAGAUCUCCAAAAACACACAGCCAUUGCGAGAAUACUUGGCUCCUCUAGCUGUCAUCUGAGUGGCGUCCGCGAAAAGCUCGAAGAUAUCCUGCACAAUGUGUCCCCCAUACCCGGGGCUACCGGAAAAUCCUCCUGUAGAGCGAUCCUUGAGGAUGUAAUUCCCAAACUCCCGCCAUCUCCAGACGUGGAUAUGGCUUUCUGGCUGGCAGGCCUCGGGGAAAUGUCCUCUUCUGUUUCGGGCCGAGCCGACAGUCCCUUUUCGCCCCCAGCCUGUGAUAUGCAAGCGUUCUUGGCUGAUAGUUUCCCUCGGCCUGUGCGGAUGGCAAAUCCUGCUGAGCAGCAUGAUGGAGUCUUGCAAUCAUCUACAGCUUCUCACACUACCGUGAUUGCCCAGGAACAAAAUGCAUUUGAUAAUGUGCCCUUUACCAAUCGAAUUGAAACCUUUGACCCGCAUGGUCUGCUGGGCUGCCUCGGCAACGACUAUGACAAUGCAUUCGAUCCAAUGUCUGCGACCUUUGUUGAUACAAUGCCACUCGAUACUGCAAUGCCACUUGAUACUGCUAUGCCACUGUAUGGCAAUUUCCAGCAAUCCCUAUACAACUGUUGA